AUGCCUCCCAAAGCUGCUGAGAAGAAGCCCACCACUGGUGGCAAGGCCCCCGCUGGCAAGGCUCCCGCCGCUGAGAAGAAGGAGGCUGGCAAGAAGACCGCCGCCGCUCCCUCAGGCGAGAAGAAGAAGCGUGGCAAGACCAGGAAGGAGACCUACUCCUCGUACAUCUACAAGGUCCUCAAGCAGGUUCACCCUGACACCGGUAUCUCCAACCGCGCCAUGUCCAUCCUGAACUCCUUCGUCAACGAUAUCUUCGAGCGCGUUGCCACUGAGGCUUCCAAGCUUGCUGCCUACAACAAGAAGUCGACCAUCUCGUCCCGCGAGAUCCAGACCUCCGUCAGACUCAUCCUGCCCGGUGAGCUGGCCAAGCACGCCGUCUCUGAGGGUACCAAGGCUGUCACCAAGUACUCUUCCCAGUCCAAGUAA